AUGAUGCCGGGAAAAGACAAUGACUUCUUUAGGAUGGCCACAAUCCAUGCAUCGGCAUCGUUCGAUGAGGAGCAAGCGGCGGAGUCGUUAGAGAGGGCUAUGAGAGGUUAUGGGACUGAUAAGCAGAAAGUAAUUGAAAUUCUCGUCAAAUGCAACAACGCUCAACGUCAGAUGAUUCGAACGCCCUAUAAAGUUCGGUAUGGGAAAGAUCUUGAAAAUGAGCUGAAGAGGGAGCUGUCGGGCGAUUUGGAAGAGGUCAUAUUGGCCCUUAUGCAAACUCCCACCAAACGAGACGUUUUAGACCUCCAGAAAGCCAUGAAGGGUUUUGGUACCAACGAGAAAGUUCUUAUAGAAAUCCUCGCUUCGCGUAGCAACGACGAAAUCCGGGCUAUACGAAAUACAUUCUAUACGACAUACGACAAAUCACUCGAG